CCUGUCCGUGGCUGGUGGCUGGUGCGUCCGCGCCCGCCGAUGCGGGGGAGCUGUGCACCCUGGAGGAGAUGAAGGCCACGCAGAUCAUCGGUGUGGACCCGUGCGGGGGAGGGAAUUGGUUCAUGGCAGCACGGUCUCCGCUGUACCAGCCAGGGCCCUGGGCUUGGGAGGGUGUCGGGGAGGGUGUCGGCCCUGCCCAGCGCUACCUGCUCGAGCUGCACGACAAGCAGCUGGAUGAGGAGUUGUUCCCUGGGCAGCUGCCGCCGGAGCCGCGUCGCAGGCGCAAGGGUGGCGGGCGCAAGGGGGGCGGGCGUACGGGGGGCCACCGCCGGAAGCAAUCUAAGCACUGGCAGCCGCGAGCCAGGACAGCGCGGCGGCGGCGCCAGAAGCGGGGCCGAUUCCAUAUGAGCAUGGGCCACUGGCGGCACAUGUCAGGCCUGGAACGACUCCAGCCAAACCGCCCACAGCUUGCGCCAGCCCUGCAGGCGUACAUCGGCGGCAUCCCCACGGCGGCGACCGCGUCGGCGGCCCGGUUUGAAGAGCGCCUGCGCUACCUCUUCGCCAGUGGGGCGGCAGGGCAGGCGGCGGGGCAGGCGGCGGGGCAGGCGGCGGGGCAAGCGGCGGGGCAGGCGGCGGGGCAGGCGGCGGGGCAGGCGGCGGGGCAAGCGGCGGGGCAGGCGGCGGGGCAGGCGGCGGGGCAAGCGGCGGGGCAGGCGGCGGGGCAAGCGGCGGGGCAGGCGGCGGGGCAGGCGGCGGGGCAGGCAGAGGCGGGGCCCCGGGGCGCGGUGCACGUGCUGUGGCACUACCACUUCUCCGCCUUCCGCCGAAAGCGCUGGGCUGCGUUCAUCCAGCGCGACCGCGCGCUCCACCGCGUCGCCAAGCAGCUCACAGGCGGCAGGCCCAAGGAGGAGGUGGUGGUGGGGUGGGGUUCGUGGGCCUUCCAGGGAGGGAAGGGCGGCUCCCCCAUCUCCGUCAGGGGCGGGCGCGCGCCGACGGGGCGGCUCAUCAAGCUGCUCCGUGAGCGCUACGCCAAGCAUGUGUUCAUCAUCGAUGAAUACAAGACCUCCAAGACCUGCUACAACUGCGGGUGUCAGGAGAUGGCCAUCAAGCGGCUUGGGGGGCUGAAGGAGGGGCAGCGGCCCUGGUCGGUCAAAGUCUGCAACGACUGCUUGACGACCUGGAACCGCGACGUCUCCGCCGCCAACGUGAUCCGUGUGCUCCUCCUGCUGAAGCUGAUGGGCUUCGAGCGGCCGAUCAAGCUGCAGCGGCCGCCAUGGCCGCCGGCGGCGGCGGGGCCGGGCUGAGAGCCUGAACGGCGCUAGCAGGGCGUGGAGCUGAGGGUGCACGUGUCGAUUGGCGGCGAGUGACGUGACUAGUUUGUUAGCUGCGGGUUAGCACGGACUGUGCACCCCACCCAACCGGCCACGUCCGGAUUUGCGGGGAUGCCAAAGGCCCCCAACAUAGAGGCGUGUGCAAUUUGCGUGUGCUUAGUAGGCGCCCGCGUCAAGGUGGCUGGGUUGAUAACGACCCGGGAUCAGCCCUUUUCCUGCCAUAAGGCAGCCACCUCCUUGUUGUGUAUAGCUGCAAUUGGCUCAAGCAGAAGGCUGUAUCAUGAAACAGCUGUAUAAU